GGCGAACGAGUGUUCGAUAAAAGAAAUCAACAUAAUCUUUGGGCGUCUCGAAUGGUCGUCGAGGGUUCCCUGUGGUUGAGAGACUGUACUCAACAACGCUGAACAAGCCCGUUGCCGCGAUGUUGUUCGUUCCCGACCAAUCCCUCCCCCAGCUGUCAAGCGUUCCGGACACAGUACCCCUCUGCGACUUCAUGUUCGAUGAGCAAUAUGGACGGCACCCAGUUGCGAAGUCACUUGACUCCUACACUUGCGGGUUGAGUGGGUACAGUAUCUCGGCCAAAGAACAGAAAGCUCACGUUGAAGCCCUUGCGAGAUCAAUAGCCCAGGAGCUAGGAUGGAGUGUCAAUCAGGGGAGUGAGUUUGACAAGGUGAUUGGCAUUUUUGCCCUUAAUACUGUGGACGUCAUGGGGUUGUCUUGGGCCGUCCAUCGUGUGAACGGCAUCUCUUCUCCUGCAAACGCAAUGUACAACGCAGAGGAGCUCACGCACCAGCUCGUGACCUCGAAGUGCAAAGCGCUUUUCACUGUCCAGUCUCUUCUCCCCGUUGCAUUGAACGCUGCAAAAGCUGCUGAAAUUCCAGAGCACUGCAUAUAUCUCUGCGAUCUGCCUAGCCAACAGGAAGCGGAGCACUCAAAAUAUAAAACAGUUGCAGAGCUUACUCUUCACGGCCAAAGCUUGCCACAACUUGAGCCAAUCAAAUGGAAGCCCGGUCAAGGACAAAGACAGACUGCGUUUCUUUGCUACUCCAGCGGCACCUCUGGCCUACCGAAAGCGGUCAUGAUCUCACACAAGAAUGUCAUUGCAAACAUAAUCCAGCUGUCACUCUUUGAUCAAGCAGACCGAGACGCCAUUUCUCCGGGGCAUCGCGACAUCGGACUUGGCCUCCUACCUCAGUCUCACAUCUACAGCCUCAUUAUAAUUUGUCACGCCUCAACAUAUCGGGGCGACUCGGUGAUCGUGCUCCCAAAAUUCGACUUGCACACGUAUCUCCGCACAAUUGAGAAAUUCAAGAUCAAUACCCUCUAUUUGGUUCCGCCGCUGAUUAUCGCAAUGAUCAACAAUUUCGAAACACUACGGAAAUACGACCUAUCAUCUGUCAAGCGGGUGUGGGUUGGAGCGGCACCGUUAGGGCUGGAGACAACCAAUGCGCUGCUCUCCGGAUAUCCCUCAUGGAAGAUAACUCUUGGGUAUGGCAUGACAGAAACCUGCGUUGUCGUCACUUCCGGCACGCCAAGGGACAUCGUCGUCGGCAGUUCUGGCUUAGUAUUGCCGGGUUUCGAGAUUAUGCUCGUGGAUGCUGACGACAAGCCUGUCAACAAGUACAAUGAGCCUGGUGAGGUGUGGGUGAAGUCGCCAAGUGUUGUGCUCGGUUACCUCAACAACGAGUCUGCAAACCGCGAGACUUUCGUCGAUACCGAAAACGGCCGUUUCAUCAAGACAGGAGAUGUUGGGGAGAUGAGGAAGGCUCCUAGCGGGAAGGAGCAUCUCUGGAUCGUGGACCGAAUAAAGGAACUCAUCAAAGUCAAGGGUCAUCAAGUUGCUCCGGCUGAGUUGGAAGCGUGCCUAUUGGGCCAUUCAAGCGUGGCAGAUUGCGCCGUCAUUUCUGUGCCAGACGAUCGUGCCGGCGAAAUCCCGAAGGCUUACAUCGUCAAAUCGGAGUCAUGUUCCGCCAAGGAGAUUCAGGAGUACGUGCAGGCCAGGAAAGCGCCUCAUAAGUGGAUCAAGGGAGGCAUCGAGUUUGUGGAUGCGAUCCCAAAGUCUCCUUCGGGCAAGAUACUCAGAAGAGUCCUGAGAGACCGGGAGAAGCAGCGCCGCGCCGCAAAGUUAUAAUUGAACCGGGAUGUUGAAGUCUGGGGGACAUCUUGUCGGAGGGUUAGAUCUACAAGACAACGUUUCUCGAUACCAGGGACC